AUGAGCGAAAAUGGUUAUACACAUCGUCCAACAUCCGUUGGUAUUCUUGCUUGUGAACUUUAUAUCCCAUCACUUUAUGUUGAACAAUCAUCCUUAGAAACCUAUGAUAAUGUUUCAAAAGGAAAAUAUACUAUCGGUUUAGGACAACAACGUAUAGCAAUAUGUUCUGAUCAUGAAGAUAUUUGUUCAUUAUGUUUAACUGUUCUAUCACGUUUACUUGAUCAAACUGGUGUACAUCCACAACAAAUUGGUCGAUUAGAUGUUGGUACAGAAACAUUAGUUGAUAAAGCUAAAUCAAUUAAAACUGUAUUAAUGCAAUUAUUUGCUGAAAAUGGAAACACAGCUGUUGAAGGUGUUGAUAAUGUUAAUGCAUGUUACGGUGGAACAGCUGCAAUAUUUAAUGCUAUUCAUUGGAUUGAAUCAAGUUACUGGGAUGGACGAUAUGCAAUUGUUGUUAUGGGUGAUAUAGCUGUUUAUGCUAAAGGAAAUGCACGUCCAACAGGUGGUGCAGGUGCUUGUGCACUUCUUAUCGGUCCUAAUGCUCCUAUUGUUUUUGAACCUGGUUGUCGUUCAACAUAUAUGAAACAUGUUUAUGAUUUUUAUAAACCAAAUUUAAGUUCACCAUAUCCUGUUGUUGAUGGACAAUUAAGUGUACAAUGUUAUACAUCAGCACUUGAUGCAUGUUAUACACAAUAUUGUACAAAAGCACAAAUGAAUAAUGAAUCUCAUUCAAAUCAAUCAUCAGUCAAUGAAGUUAAUUUAUCAACAUUUGCUGGCAUUGUUUUUCAUACACCCUAUGUAAAACUUACUCAAAAAUCUUUAUCAAGAUUAUAUUUAAAUGAUAUUAUACGUGGUUGUUCAUAUAUACCUAGUCCUUUAGUAGAAAAAUAUAAAGGAAAAAUUGAUCUAGAUUCUUCAAUGAACGAUAAAGAACUUGAACGUGAUCUUAUUGAAAAAAGUCGUGAAGUCUAUGAACAAAAAACUUUACCAGGACUUUAUUUUUCACAAAAUAUGGGAAAUAUGUAUACACCAUCAGUUUAUUAUAGUUUAUUUUCAUUUCUUAGCAGUCAAACAAAUGAUGAACAAUUAUAUGGUCGACGUAUUCUUUUAUUUUCAUAUGGUUCAGGUUUAGCAUCAUCUAUGUAUAGUAUGAUUUGUCGUAAAGUACAUGAUUCUCGUUUUACACUUGCACAAAUACAAAAAAGUGUUAAACAAGCACGUCAUAUACUUGAUAACGAAAGAACAGAAUUAGAACCAGAUUUAAUGGAUAAAUUAUUAUUAGAACGAGAAGAAAAGGAUCAUAAAGCACCAUUUACACCAACACAACCAAGUGAAGUAUUAAAAUCGGGUAAUAUGUAUUUACAAUCUGUUGAUAAAAAUUAUCGACGUUUUUAUGAAAAAUUCUCUGGGAAUAAUGACACGACUGAUAAUGAAACUAUUCAAAAACUUUAUACUGAAUACUUUCAAACUCGCCAAACAAAUGAUGAUACACAUUAA